AUGUUUGCGUACCUAACGAUUCUGGCUGCCGUGGUGGCCUUAGCCCAUGGACAGUGCUCUGUCAACAUCCGGACGCAGCUGAACGCCCGGGAACCGCUGUUCCUGCGCAACAACCAAAUGUGGGCUCCGAACGGACCGUCACUGCAGUGGAAUGCCGGAGAAACGACCCUGAUUGCCUGCCCGGGCAACUCGAUCGAGAAUACUGGAACGGUCACCGCCAACAUUCAGUGCGUGUCCGGCACUACGUUCAACCUCGGCGGAUCCAAUGUGAACCUUGCCGAUGUGUCUUGUGCCGCCCGGUCGACGGGAACGCAUCAGAACACGGGCCAGAGCUGCGGCCAGGGCGGAACUCUGCUGAAUCUUGGGUUCGAUGUACCGAGCGUGGGAUUUGUGACGUACAUUCAGUCCUGCUACAACAUGCAAACGGCCUCCGUCAUUUACACCCGCCAUGUGAUCCCCGGGGCUGCUAUUAGCCAUAGCAUCAGCGAGUCAUACCGGCCCUCGUUCAAGACUGCCGGAACUGCGUCGCAUGUUGCGCCCGCUACUUCUUACACCACCGCCCAACAGGCAAUCCGUUUCGCCCAACUGCUUGGAUCCCAAGCCCAAGCGGAUCGGUUCAUUACCACCAGCUCGUACCUUUCGCGUGGACAUCUCUCCCCGGAUGCGGACGGUAUCUUCCGUCCCUGGCAGUGGGCGACCUACUUCUACGUGAACGUCGCCCCACAGUGGCAGGCAACGAACGGUGGCAACUGGCUGGUGGUCGAGAACGCGGCCCGUAACAUCGCCGGCCGUCUGAAUGAGGACGUGCUGAUCUUCAACGGGGCCCAUGACAUUCUGACGCUUCCGCACGUCAACGGCCAGCAAGUGCCGAUCACGCUGGAGGCCGGAGGUAUCCAGACACCGAAGUGGUACUGGAAGAUCAUCAAGUCGCCGCUCACGAACGCAGCCAUCGCGCUGGUGAACAACAACGACCCCUUCCGGACGAGCAUGCCUGCGGGUGAGAUGCUGUGCCAGGAUGUGUGUGGCCAGUAUGGAUGGAGCAAUGUGAACUACGGCAACUUUGCGCGCGGUUACACCUACUGUUGUACGGUGGCCGAUCUGCGUCGCGCCAUCCCCAGCAUUCCGGCCGAAGCGGACGCGGCAAAUGUGCUGCGUUAUUAA